AUUUUUUUAAGUGUUGUCACCGGAAGUCUUGAUUUCGGGUCCCCGAAGAACGUUUUAGCAGGCUAACACGCAUGCGCACUCACUUAAUCUCCAUACAACAGUACUCGGUGGGCAUCUUGCGCUCAUCUGGUGAUCUGCAAACCAUCAUCGGCCGAUCGACGACUGAAGGUGAGUAAGUGACCGCAUCAUCGCCAUGGCAUCCAGCGGGUACGUGCAGGCAGUGGUGCUCCUGCUGGCGCUGCAGCUCGUCUGUCUCGCGGCAGCUGAUGCGGAUCAUGAGACGGGGACUGUCAUCCCUGCCGAAAGUCGCCCGUGUGUGGACUGUCAUGCCUUCGAGUUUAUGCAGAGGGCGCUACAAGAUCUAAAGAAGACCGCGUUCAACCUUGAUGCCAGGACAGAGACGCUGGUGCUGAGGGCAGAGAGGAGGGCUCUGUGUGACUGUAUGCCCACCAACUCACUGCGCUGAGCUCCCGUGGACACAUCCGCCCCGACACACUGAAAAACAACUCUGUCCUGAACCUCUGCUCAUGUACAGCAGUUCUCAUCUUUACAUAUUCACACAAUAGGCACUUUAUUUUGUUUUCUUUCAUGUCACUGUUGAGUGAAGCUCUGAUCUGAGCAUGAGGCAUGUUUCUGCCUUAUCUGGGAUGACUUUUAUACCACUGAUGUUUUACAUGGUGAAUCACAAGCCUGUGAACUUAGAUUGUUUUCACUGACAGCCGCUCUCAUCUGUCCCCUAUGAAGCAUAAACAUUUUUUGUACCUUUUUGACUGUAUGACGUAGAUAGGAUGUGGUAUGUAUCUGUAAACUCGUUGAAUGUCUUGUGUGAGAUUAAUGUUUACACACAUCGAACUGUAGCAUCACACAGAGUUCAUUUAACGGCUCAAAAUUAGAUUUCGAUUAGUUAAAUUAUUAUUAGGGAUCUGACUGUAAUUCACUGAUUCAAAGGGACUGCUUUGCAGCCUGUAAAAGAGUUUGGGUGGUUUACAAAUGAAACUUUUUUUGUAAAGAAAUUAAGUAAAGGUGAAGUUUUACUUCUUUACAAAAGAGGACUCGUAGGUCUUGAUUUAGCACAGCACUGUAGCAUGAAUUUACAGCACUUUUAUUUAACCUGUUGCUAAUAUUGAUUGUAUGUAUAGAUUAUGUACGUGUACACGGGUAUGUGGAACGGGGAGUCAGAUGCACUGCAGCCAUCAGCAGGGGAAGGAGGGAUGGACAGACCUGCAGCAGGGAACAUGGACGUAGAAAUAAUUGUCUUACUGUUGCUUGUUAAUAAACAGCAUAUUUGUGUCACAA